CGAACCAAAUAACUAUCAACGACAGCGACAAUGCUAAAAAAUUACUUACAAGGGAACGUAGUAAACACAAGUGGUUUUUUUGGAUUUCGCUAUCGGCCCCAGAUAGCGUAGUUAACAUUCCAUCGCCAACAGAAGGGUAUUUCAAUAUUUGUUGUCCUGCUUUGGCAGUAGUUAGGACAGUACUGCCUUAUAUGUCGAUGUGUGGUCGAGGGCGGUUCAACUCUCUCCUCUCUGCCCACAACGCCCUCUGCGAUUGCUGAUACACGAUGUUUGAUCGACUUAAGUUUUCUAACAGAGGACACUCUCCUGCGCCUCCCGGUGGCUCUUCGCGACCCUCGACCUCUGUUCCCAGCCUUCAGAUCACUACUCCUCCCAUUGAAAGCGUUGCAACAACUAGCACAGAUCGCGGUGGAUCUGAUAGAUCCGGUCUUAAGCCUCUGACUACUACCGGCGGUAGUUCUCGAGGCCGGAAGCAGCGGUGGUCUGUUCGGCACACUAUAGCUAAGCUGUUGAGCAGAAGUCCCGGUCCCGAUCCCACUGAUAUCGACCAAUCGAAGCCCUCCGAUCACAGACAAUCUUCCCCUUCUACGCCUGACCCACCACCCCCUAAUUUAUCGCCAUCUCCCGUUCUCCCUGAGGGGGCCAUCGAUAUCCCUCACAUGAUGCCCCACGAACCCAUCAUCCAUAACAACACUGAGACACCCCACCCACCACCAGGACGCACAAGCGUGAACUCAGAUGCCCCAUCGUCAACAGAUCGGACACCGUCAUCUUCAGCUGUCCCUGCUGGUGACGGAAAGAAAACAAUCAUCGCCGCCACAAAGCUCGUCCUUCAAACUGCCGCCUCUGCCCUUAAGUUCGCCCCUAUUCCAAACGUCGAUCAGAUACCAAGUAUACUUCUGAAAUGGCUCCAAGUUUACGAGGUUCGCAGGUGUUGUUGCGAUUUUGCGAUCUAAUGAUAUAACCUCCAUGUUUUCAUGCAGACCAUCGACGACAACGACGAAAAUCUCAAGGGAUUAGACGAUGAAGUUCGAAAGGCUCACGAAACGAUUUUCAGGCCAGUCCAGUUGUGGACUGGCCAAGUUCCUCUCGAAAUAAGUGAACUGAUUGAACGAUUUAACUCAGCUCUAAAACAACAAUUAAAGCAAAUCGAGGCACUCAAACGUCAAAAGCUUGCCAAGAGGGUAAUUUUAGCGACUGAGAUAACGCAAGAAAUAAGCGCCGUACAGUCGUGCAUCCGUGAUGCUAUCUCCCACUUUUCGGUUCGUCUCGUUUAUGUUCAAGCCAUUAGAAGAUU